AAAAAUACAGGGUAGAAUUCACGAUUUCUACCUUAACUUUGACUCUUCGAGCAUUCGUACUUGCUCUGUCUUCCUCUGUCUUUUCGAGUUUUCUCUUACUCACCUCCUCUUUCUAUUUUAUUACCUUUCUCUCUCUCUCUCUCUUUUCCUUUAUCUUCCACCCUCUACCUCCCUCUUCUCAUCUUCAUGACUCCCUGAGUUUCUCUCUGAAAUUCUUUCAAUUCAUUUUCUAUUCUUUCCUGUUUUCCUUUUUUCUCUUCUCCUUCUUCCUUAUGUGACAAAAUUCAGCUCAAUGGAUUAAGAUUAUUCAUCAACAAUCAUCAUCCUUCAUCUUCCUCAUCCUCUUCAUCAUCAUUUUAAAUAAUAACAACAACUCCAUCAUUCUCAUCACUAUCAACAAAUCAACAAAAGUAAAAAAUUGUAACAGUAACAACUUCAAAUAUCAUUUCAUCAACUCAGUGAAUUAAAAUGUUACACUGAACAAAUUUGUCAACAAAAAAAAUCUCAAAACCAAAACCACAACAACAACAACAACAAUUAACUAACAGUGAACCCAAUCAACAAUUAACAUUUGAUUUAUUGAAAAACAAAAUAGUCAAACAAUCAAAAUCAAUCAGUCCAAAAUCAACAGGAUGAUACCAACACCAUCAUCAGAAUCAAUUAACUGAUUAACAAUAAUUAAUUAUCACCAACUUUCAAUGGUUCCCUUUAAUUGAUUGUAUUAUAAAAAAAAAGUCAAACAAUUAAAUCAAAAUAAAUUAUCAAGAGUUAAUCAUAAUCAACCUAAGAAAAUUAGAUUAAAUCAAUUGCAUCUAAACUGAUUGAUUAUUGAAUAUUUAAAAAACGAGGAAGAUGAAAAAGUAAAAGAUUAAGAUUAAGAAAUUGAUUAAUGAUGAUUAAGGCUUCCUAAUCCAAGGUAGAAAACCAGGUUUUCAGUUCUUCAGUCUAACUACUCGGUUCUUAGCCUUGUCAUUAUCAUCAUCAUUAUCAUCAUCUCCUUUCUUUUAUCGUUUGUAUCAUCAUCAUCAUCAUCAACCAACCAACAUACAGAAAGUGAGAGAGAGUGAGAUAAAAAAAAAGUAACAACAAGAGACAUUUUCUAAAAAAAUCAAAUGUAACAUUGAUUGUGAAAAUUAUUUUUCCGUUUCCUCAUCUCUUGUUUAUCUCUUGUGUUACCUGGAUUUUUGUUAUCGUUUCCAUGCUGAUGUUACUUAUCUUCAAUUUAUCAUCACUUGAUUGUGAUACUGUGAAUAUGAUCAAAAGUUUGUCCUCAUCCUCAUCAUUUAUAUGAAAAGGUUAUCACAUUGGAUUCAAUUGAUGAGAUGUUGUGAUAACAUUAGAUGAAGAAGAGAGAUGUGAUUGUAAACAAUAUUUUCUGUUGAAAUUUUUUCUCUCUCCCUCUCUCUCUCUCUCUGUCUUCAUCUUCUUCAUGAUCUUCCUACCAUCAUCAUCAUCAUCAUCACCAUCACUAUCUGUCAGUGUCUCUACUACAUGUGCCUAAGUAUUAUCAAAAUGUUGAUGAUGAUGUUAUGUUGAAGUCCAGUCAAAAAAGGAUGUUGUUAAAACAACAGCAACAACAAAGCCAUUAUCUUCAUAAUCAUCAUCAUCAUUAUUAUCAUCAUCACUUUUGUCAUCAUAAACCAGGAAACAUUUACUUAUUAUCAUCAUCAUCACUUGUUCAUACUCACUCCUUGUUGGCCUACUCACCAAAGCCUUAAAGAUACAAAUUGCCUCUAAUCAACUAAUCAACUUUAAUAUAAUAUGACGUUACCUGUGAAUUUAUUACAUCAAUUAACACAAAAUUUGACACUUAAUUUUCAUCAUAUUUGAUAUAUCAAGAAAAAAAUAUCUCAGCCAUCGCUGAGAUAUAAAGUUAAAGUGAUCCAAUGUUAUUUGGUCGAAUGCAUUCCGAACCUGAACGGCCUGAGCCAACCUCUGGUUUCUGUUCAUUGGAACCACCGGCUGAUGCCACUUUAUCACCGAGUUAUCGUUCAUGCCCUGAAAUUGGUCCACAAAUUACAAUUCGAUCAUAUGAUGAAAAUGAUAUUGAAGAGAAAGAACUUGCUCUUAUUCGAGAUCAUUCCUGUUUAACUCAACGACGAAGGUCAAAUGUAACCCCAAGUUCAUGUUGGCGAACUCACAAUGUCGCUAAUGCAGCGGCAACAUCAUUCGGAGUAAUAGGAUCAAAAGUGAGGCAUCAUCUUUGGCCAUCCCAUGCGCGUUUGGGUCUCUCUCGACUUGAUCAUAGUUUCCUGACACGGACCAUUUCUCGUGAGAGUGUGCGCCUAUCAAGUCAGGCUUUAAACUGUUGUUGUGAGGCAUCAACACCAUUGUUUCACUGUUCCCAUUCACAAGCAACUGUAACCUCACCAGUAACACAACAACAACAGCAAGCAACAUCUUCCUUGUCCAGUCAAUCUUAUACAGGACAUGGUGUUGGUUCUGGUGGUGGGACAGCAGGAACAACAACUUCAACAACAGUUAAUAGUGGUUCAUUUGGUGCUGGUGGUUUUAGUGUUAGUGGUGGUGGUGGUGGUGGUGUUAAUAGUUGCUGUGGUAAUAGUAAUCAUCAUAAUUGUUCAGCCUCUUGUUCAAAUUAUCUUCUUCUUGGCUCAGGGACAACAGGAGGAGGUUCUUGCAUUGGUACAACUCCUCCUUACCACCACCUUGGUGGUGGAACUGUUAACCCUCUUUAUGGUACCUACACUGGCCAUGGUUCCCUUACUUCUGCUGGUGGUGUUGGUUCAACUGGGACAACAACUUGUACCUUUAAUCCAGCAACACGAACCUCACUUACCGGUAUUCAGCCUACAGUUUAUCGGAUGGUUGAUAACGAGAUUGCCGAAAUUGCAGCCGAUUCACUUCGGGUUAACGGAGCAUUUCGAGGUUUCCGAAAUUUACGUAAACCAGUUACUUCGUCAACUCUUUCCAUUCCAACGGCUAUGAAACACUUUGCCCACUCUCAUUCUCAUUCAACACCACAACCACAACAAUCUUCCCACCAGCAGUCAUCACAACAACAACAAUUACAACACUUACCAAUUCAUCAUUCUCAUGGUUAUCACUCACAUUCUCAUCACAGGACCAGUGUGGUUGAUGGAUUGAGUGGUGUUGAUCCAUCAACCGGUGUAGUGUCUGAUCUGAUUGCUGGAACACUAAGUGUCACAGGGAAAGAUGGACUCUUAGGUAUUUCAACUGAAAAUCCAAUUCCAGGACCAGUUACCGGUCAAAGGUCAUUUGCCUCUAAUUCUGUUGAUAGUGACAAAAAGCGACACAAUCCAAGUAUAACUGGAGGUGUGGCGGGUGGAGGAGGUACAGGGGGUCCUGGAAGUAUCGGUGUAGGUCCAGGAGGUGGAGGACCAACCGGAUUCCAUCGGCCAAAUGUGGGCUAUCGAUUAGGACGUAGAAAAGCGUUAUUCGAGAAACGCAAACGAAUUAGUGAUUAUGCUCUUGUUAUGGCUCUUUUUGGUAUAAUUAUCAUGGUUAUCGAAAAUGAACUUUCAUCUGCCCUCGUAUACACCAAGGCUUCCGUUUUCUCAACGGCCUUAAAAACACUCAUCACCGUAUCAACCUUAAUGCUAUUGGGACUUAUUGUUGCCUAUCAUGCACUAGAAGUGCAGUUAUUCAUGAUCGACAAUUGUGCCGAUGAUUGGAGAAUAGCAAUGACCUGGCAAAGAAUAGGUAGUAUAAUGGUGGAAAUAUUAAUUUGUGCCGUUCAUCCAAUUCCAGGGGAAUAUUUUUUCUCCUGGCGAACUAAACUUUCCAAUCAAAAUCGACAAGCGCUCACAGUUCAAGUUCCACUUGAUGUUAUCCUGUCUCUUCCCAUGUUCCUCCGACUUUACCUAAUAUGUCGGGUUAUGCUUCUCCAUAGUAAACUAUUUACCGAUGCAUCUUCAAGAUCCAUUGGUGCUCUUAAUAGGAUCAAUUUCAAUACUCGUUUCGUCCUUAAAACUUUAAUGACAAUUUGCCCUGGAACCGUCCUAAUGGUAUUCAUGGUCUCACUUUGGAUCAUCGGAAGCUGGACAAUGCGCCUUUGUGAAAGAAAUCACGAUAAAGAGCAUGCGAAUCUACUGAAUACAAUGUGGUUAACAGCGAUAACAUUUCUAUCUGUUGGCUAUGGUGAUAUUGUUCCCAAUACUUAUUGUGGUCGGGGAAUUGCAGUUACAACUGGAUUAAUGGGAGCCGGUUGUACAGCUCUGGUUGUUGCUGUGAUUGCAAGGAAACUUGAAUUGACUCGAGCUGAGAAACAUGUUCACAAUUUCAUGAUGGAUACACAAUUAACCAAAAGGUUGAAAAAUGCUGCGGCCAACGUGCUAAGAGAAACCUGGUUAAUUUAUAAGAAUACGAAACUUGUAAAGAAAGUAAACUACUCCAAGGUUCGAACUCAUCAACGUAAAUUUCUGUUGGCAAUUUACAGCUUACGAAAGGUUAAAAUGGAUCAAAGGAAAUUAAUGGACAAUGCAAACACCAUAACAGACAUGGCAAAGACUCAAAAUUCUGUGUAUGAACUUGUUUCGGAAAUGAAUCAACGUCAAGAGAUUUUGGAAGAGCGAGUUGUCGUUCUUGAGGAACGCAUUGGAACCCUUCAAGAGCAAUUGGAAUCGCUUCCGGUGGCCUUAAGUCGAGUUAUCGAGCAAACAUUAAUCCCUUCAAUUCAGCAAUCACUAAAUCGUUCAUCACAUCAAGGCCUUAUUACUAGUAAUCAAAAUGAAUCUUUUGUUAAUCAAGAAUCAAUUACCUCAUCAGGAGGAGGUGGUGGUGGACCUGGUGUAACCUGUGCUACCACUGCAACUGGACUUACAUCAACCUCAUCAAAACAUAAUUAUCUUCAUCCCAACGAUGCAGCUUCUCUUGCUGCUCGGCCAUCGUGGUCAUCGGGAAAUAUAUCCGGUCAAACCGGAAAUCGUCAACUAUUAGCUCCAGUAACUCCAAAGGCUGGUUCAUUUGAUACAUAACAAUAGAUUAAGACUCAGAUGAUAAGAUGAGAAAUCAGUUAAUUAUGGUUAAAAAUGAUGGUAACAACAAUAAUCUAAUAAUAAUAACAUUCGAGCUCGAUAAUCAACAAAUUAUCAGAACACAAUCUCGACUAAUUAACUUUCAUCUGAGUUUUUAAUCUCAUUAUCCUGAUGAUUUACUUAAUUUCAGUGAUAAUUAAGAUCAAUCUUACCAAUCAAAGUGGUUAUCUUAUUAUGGUUAUCAUAUAUUAAUGUAUAUUUAUGAUCACAAUUAGUUUAAUUAAGCUAAUCAAUAAGUUAACCGGAAUAAUCAACAACAGUUUCAAAAAGCCUUAACAACAGAAGCGAAACUUUAUUGCAAUUAACUAAUUGUUUCAACUGAUUAUUAUUACAAGACGAUGCAGAUGAUUUGAUGAAGGCAGUUCACCGUAAAAACCUUAACAAUUAAAUAGCAAUUUAACAAAAAUCAUCAACGAUCUUGUCAAUUAAAAGUUUUAAUUUUUGUUGAUUGUAAUUUAAGAAAAGCCAAACUAUUGUGUCGAUCAAAAAUCAAAUCAAAUGUUAAUUAUUUGAAAUUGAUUCAAUUAAAUCAUGAAUUUUAAUCAAUCA